AUGUCAUCUAACUGGAGGGCAGACCUCUUCUGUGCUUCAGUCAAUUCACAGGGAGAGUGGGAUGAUUUAGUCUGCAGUGAGAAGAAAGCUUUCAUGUGCUUCAAAGAGACCAGCAUCAUCACUGAGAGGUACACCCUGAUUGAAGAGCCGAAAACCUGGACUGAAGCUCAGCAGUACUGUAGAGAACACCACACCGACCUCGUCAGUAUAAAGAGUGCCAGUGAAAAUGAAGACCUAGUGAAGAAAGCGCAGGGCAAGCCCUUCUGGAUAGGCCAUUUCAAUGAGCCCUGGAAGUGGUCACGCCAGAGUUAUAACUACAUAUUUCACAACUGGGAUAAUGAGGAGCCAAACAAUGUGGGAGGCAGUGAGGGGUGUGUGGUGAUGGAUUACAAUGGUACAUGGAAAGACGUUAGCUGCAGCUCAAAGUUCCCCUUUAUCUGCUGUUACGCCACUGGUUCAUUUUUGAUAUACCACCCGUCUCAGAAAACAUGCGUCGAUGCCAUCAGUUCCAGCUCUGUAGUGAACAGUCUUUGCAACCCCAAUGCCAAAUCACAGCAGUUCAGAUGGUCCUGCUUUACCCAAUGUGAUGAGAAUAAUGAACUGCAGCAGUGGGAACGCAGGGAUGAGGAUUUAAUUGCAAUCAAGGGAGCCGACCUAUUUUUCAAUUCCGGACACCUCGUUGUAAACUAUAUCGUGCUGUAUACAGGAUCAGGGAUCUAUAGCAGAUGGAGCAUAUAUGGCACGGAUGUAGGCUUGUGCUCCAGGCUCUCCAGGAGUCAUGAAGACGGUCUAUGCAGCUUUGAAGAAACUGAGGAGACCUGGCAUGACGCUCAGAGCUACUGCAGAAACCAAAGCAAAGAGCUGGUCACCAUUCAAUACCAAGCCAGGAUGAAUGAGACUUUAGACCUUCUGAAUUCAACUGGAUCCUCUGAUGCCUGGAUCGGGCUGUAUCAUGAUAAAGAGAACUGGCAGUGGUCCAAAGGAGAUGCUUUCAUCUACUACAACUGGAGAUCAGUCCAAUUCUGUGCUUCAGUCAAUUCAGAUGGAGAGUGGGAGGAUAGAGCCUGCAGUGAGACGACCCGUUUCAUGUGCUACAGCGAGACCAGCAACAUCACUGCGAGAUACACCCUGAUUGAAGAACUUAGAAACUGGACUGAAGCUCAGCAGUACUGUAGAGAACACCACACCAACCUCGUCAGUAUAAAGAGUGCCAGUGAAAAUGAAGACCUAGUGAAGAAAGUGCAGGGCAAGCCCUACUGGAUAGGUCUGUUCAAUAACCCAUGGAAAUUCAGGACCCUCAAGCCCACCUUCAACCCCGGUCUCUCAAGAUACAACCCCCUCAGACCCACCUUCUGCACCAGCCUCUAA